GAAGGAAAUUACCUCCCAGAACCAUUGGCAUUCGGCCAACUCUGAGACAUUCAUCUAUUUUCUCCUUAGCAUGACUCAAGGGUAAGCAUGGAGGUGGGAGGAAGAAACAGUGAGAAAUAGCAAGUCGACCAAAGACAGAGAGAGCAAGAGCGAGACGAGAAAGAGACAGACAGCGUCAGAGCGAGAGACGGUGAGAACCUGAGAGAGCGAAAGACCGACAGAGAGCGUGAGACAGAGGAGAGGACAUCUGCACGUUUUCAACCUGUGAUAACGUAGAAACUGGUAUGUUCUAGGGAGUACACAAAACAAAAGACACCGGCGCCUGGACUACGAGUCAGAGAACCAACUCUUCACCUAACAUCCCCUUUACUGUGGUGGUACAACCUGUGCUUGGAUUACUGCCUGGAACAAGCUCGAGGCGACCUGUUCAGUUUUGGAGCAGCGGGGCUUUGUCGAUUGUGACGUGGCCCUUUUGGUUUGUACGCGGAGUCUGAGGAUGAGCUACCGCCCUGUGUGCUGGCUCUGAGCUGCCCUCCACUGCCCUCCCCCGUGCCUGUGGGACCCUGUGAUCAUGCUGGCCAAGCCCCCUGAGCCAGCCAGAGCAGAACCACGACCCGUGCCCAGGUCAGCCAUUCCUUCCACAGCAGGAUGUCCCAGCCAGAUGCGGUCCCGCUGGGGACCAACGGCUCGGGGGCCGGGGAGAUGGCCGGGGCUCAGCUGCACUGGGCUGCUCUGCUCAUUAUCAUGGUUAUCAUCCCCACCAUCGGGGGCAACAUCCUGGUCAUCUUGGCCGUGUCGCUGGAGAGGAAGCUGCAGAACGCCACCAACUACUUCCUGAUGUCCCUGGCAGUGGCCGACCUGCUGGUGGGACUCCUGGUGAUGCCCAUCGCCCUCAUCACUGUGCUAUACAAUUCCGGGUGGCCUCUUCCAGAGUUCCUCUGCCCAAUCUGGCUCUUCCUGGACGUCCUGUUCUCCACAGCAUCCAUCAUGCACCUGUGUGCCAUCUCACUGGACCGCUACAUAGCCAUCAAGAAACCCAUUCAGCACAGCCAGUAUAAGUCCAGGUCCAAAGCCAUGGCCAAGAUAGCAGUGGUGUGGCUCAUAUCCAUUGGUAUCGCAAUCCCCAUUCCCAUCAAGGGGCUGAGAAACUACCAUCUUCCAAACAAUGUCACCUUUAACAGCAACCACACCUGCCUACUGAAACCAGACAGCUUCCGAGAGUUCAUCAUGUAUGGCUCCAUGACAGCUUUUUUCAUCCCUUUAACCAUCAUGAUGGUCAUCUACCUGCUCACCAUUCAGGUGUUGCGCAAGAAAGCUUUUCUGCUCAGGUCAAAGGUCACCCAGCGCUUCACUCGCCCAACAGUCUCCACAGUCUUCCAGAGGGAGCAGUCCAUGGCCUCUCCCACAACUGAGAAACUGCCAGGAAAUCCCACCGUUCCUACCAACCCCAUGACAAAUGAAGAUAUCCCCAUCCGUCGCAUGUCCACCAUGGGCAAGAAGUCCAUGCAAAACCUGACCAAUGAGCAGCGUGCCUCGAAGGUGCUGGGCAUAGUCUUCCUGCUGUUUGUGGUCAUGUGGUGCCCAUUCUUUAUCACUAACAUCACCUCUGUGCUUUGUGCGAGCUGCAACGUCAAUGUGAUCGGCCGUCUGAUGGAGAUCUUUGUGUGGGUGGGCUACGUGUCAUCUGGUAUCAACCCGCUGGUCUACACCCUCUUCAACAAGACUUUCCGCCAGGCCUUCACACGCUACAUCACCUUUAACUACAGCAGCAUCAGUAAUGGGCCAGCCAGCCAUACAAGGGAACAGCAUGGCUGCAGGAAUCUAACAAGGAUCUCCUUCCGUUCAUCUGUGGCGGAGAACUCUAAGCUGUUCAUGAAGCGGGGAAUGAAAAACGGCAUCGGGCCAGUGUGCUAUCAGAGUCAACUGAGCCGAAGGCAAGCACCAAUACAGUCCUCUGGCAGCGUUCUACUGGACACUCUGCUCCUUACAGAGAAUGAGGAUUGCAAAUCCGAAGAGCAUGUCAGUUACGUGUAGGCCUUUCGGAAAAUGCAGUCAGCAAAAGGGAAACAAUUAGAACCAGAAAGUCAGAUGUAAGAGGCAUCCAAGGCUUGAGUUCUGAGCUCCCCAGGGGAUUACCUUCCAUGAGCAUCACAUGGAUUAUUUUCUAGUCAAGAAAACAGUGUGCUCUCAGAGGGGAAACAAAAAGAUGUAGAUUUCUGUCAAACAAAUAAGAGGCCCUCUGUACACAGAUAGCUGAACAUUAUGCGUAAAAUGAGACAACAGGUGUGUUGAGGUGGUUGCCCUCAAUAAAAGAUAAGCUGACAAGGGUCAGGUCGGACUGUUCUUAAGAAAGCCGCCAGAGAGAUAAAUACAUAAGGAAUGAAGACAUAUGACUGUCUGGAAACUCUCAGUGGAUACAAUGUAUAUUCCAAUGCUAAUCCUGUCACCUUGGGCUAUUUAGUUCUCUGCUAUGGACAAUUUCCAUUGAGGAGAUGGCAUUUUUACCUAUUGAGAGGACAAACACUUCACCUUCACACAAAAUAGUUUAUAAAUACCACCCAUUUUAAUUGCAAUUUUUUGGUAAGUGCUUUUAUGAAUAUUAACAGAUUUAUUGUAUAGUCACAGGUCCUAUUUUCCCAAACUGUUAUAGCAUCCAAAUGGAUUAUUAUAUAUAAAAUGCAACAAAGACAAAACCUUUGCAAAUGAGAAGCUUGUAAAAUACAAAUGUAUAGCCUACAGAUGGACAUGUAUUUAGCAUAAAAUUCCUGGUUCAUAAAUUGAUAAAACAGUGCUUUGCUAAAAGAAAAACCAAAAGUAUGUCUUUUUUUUUUACAGUUCUUAAAGGGGCAAUCAGCAGUUGAAACAUAAAAAAUGUUAUCCCACCCCUGUUCCAGUAAAAAGCUGAGGGAUGGGUCUGGAGAAAUGUAACCACUCAAAUUCAUAGGCAGAGCUAUGGAUGCAAGGACUGACCAUCUAUGAUAUUCAAACUACUGUUUUAGCCACGUUUUGAAGCUAUAAACAGGGUCUGACAUUGACUAUGCCCGACGGAUCUCGUCAGUCACUGGCCCAGUAACUUGAAGACUACACGCGAUAAAGUCAAGCCAUUUGUAUUUGAGCAAUAUGAUUGACCGUUCAUUGAAGCUCCACUUGUUCCCGCAGGUCACAACUACAGCACAUUAAAUGUAAAAAAUGUUUUAUUAACCGAUGGCCUGUACACAGCACACACGAGCUGUCCUGAGCAAAAUAAAUGGUCAUUAAUC